UGAAGUUCUUGACAGAUUCGACUUUAGAUUGCGAGAGUUCAAGAUGGCUGCCACAGGUUGCAAGUAAACCACCUAGUCUACUCUUUUGGAACCAACAGCCCAUGACUUUCUCCUGAGGCUUUGGUCAAGUAUAGCAUCCCCCUCCUGCUUCCUCUCAUCAUGUCCUCCACCUCCUCCUACUCCUCUUCUGGAGAAACUAGUCCAGAGGAUGUGCCCCGGGGUGGGGGCACCAUCCGAGUCUACCUCCCCAACAAGCAGAGGACUGUGGUGAAUGUUCGCCAAGGACAGACGGUGUAUGAGAGUCUAGAUAAAGCACUUAAAGUGAGAGGCUUAAGCCAAGACUGCUGUGCUGUAUUCCGCCUUCUAGAAGGUCGUAAGAGACUGACAGACUGGGACACGGACAUCACUCCUUUGGUCGGAGAGGAGUUAUUAGUUGAAGUCCUGGAUGAUAUUCCUCUGACUAUGCACAACUUUGUACGGAAAACCUUCUUUAAGCUGGCUUACUGUGAUUUUUGCCACAAGUUUUUAUUUAAUGGCUUCAGGUGUCAGACCUGUGGCUACAAAUUUCACCAGCACUGCAGUAGCAAGGUACCUACUGUUUGUGUGGACAUGGACACAGUAACCAAACAGCGUCCCUGCACAGAUGAGUAUCCUCAGAUACUACUGCCAGAAAAUUCCCCAUCACAGAGUAACAUAGCCUUAACCCCAGAGCCUGCUGGGCUGGACCUUCUGUCCCCACCACCAGCCUUUCGCUUCCCCAACCCCAGCGGAGAUGGCCAGUCUCUACAAAGACAUCGUUCCACCUCGACACCCAAUGUUCAUAUGGUCAGCACAGUGAGCCCUGCUGUUGCCAGCCUUAUAGAGGAAGCAGUGAAAUUUAACACCACCACAGGUCCUGAGCCGUCACCAAAGCCAUCCACCAGCCCACCUUCUUCUUUAGGUUCUCCAGGAAGAAGACCGCCCAAGUCCCCUUCAGAACAUAAGGAACGAAAGCCCUCUUCUUCAGAUGACAAAAAGAAAGUACAUCGAGGGGGCUACAGGGAUUCUAGUUACUACUGGGAGGUCCACUCCCGGGAAGUGACAAUCCAGAAGAGAAUAGGAGCUGGCUCAUUUGGAACUGUAUUCAAGGGCAAGUGGCAUGGGGAUGUAGCGAUCAAGAUCCUUAAAGUUACAGAGCCGACACCGGAGCAGUUACAGGCCUUUAAAAAUGAAAUGCAGGUCUUACGGAAAACCCGCCAUGUCAACAUCCUGUUGUUCAUGGGCUACAUGACUAAGCCCAAUUUUGCCAUCAUCACACAGUGGUGUGAAGGCAGCAGCCUCUACCGCCAUCUGCAUGUCUCUGAAACCAAAUUUGACACGAUGAGGCGGAUUGACGUGGCCAGACAGACAGCACAGGGCAUGGAUUAUCUUCAUGCAAAGAACAUUAUUCAUCGUGACCUGAAAUCAAACAAUAUUUUCCUCCACGAAGGUUGGACUGUUAAGAUUGGGGACUUCGGCCUUGCAACAGUGAAGUCACGGUGGAGCGGCUCACAACAGGUUGAACAGCCCAGUGGAUCAAUUCUUUGGAUGGCUCCUGAGGUGAUCCGAAUGCAGGACAGCAACCCAUAUACAUUCCAGUCUGAUGUAUAUGGCUAUGGAGUAGUGCUGUUUGAACUGAUGUCAGGGACCCUACCAUACUCCAAUAUCAACAACAGAGAUCAGAUAAUCUUCAUGGUGGGACGUGGUUACUUGUCACCAGACCUCAGUAAGCUCUACAGUACCUCACCCAAAUCAAUGAAAAGGCUCAUCAUUGACUGCCUGAAGUUCAAACGUGAUGAGAGGCUCCUGUUCCCACAGAUCCUGGUAGCCAUUGAGCAGGUGCAGGACCUGCUGCCAAAAAUUGAGCGGAGUCGCUCUGAGCCCUCUCUCCAUCGGGCCGUCCAUGCUGAGGACCUGAACCCUCUCCUGUUCCACACCACUAGACUGAUGCCCCUGUAAGAUUCAAGCAGCACUUGGUGGAAAGGAUGCAUCCCUUUUUAAGACCACAGAAUUCCAGUGCCUCCGAGAGGCUUCAGCUGCUUUUGUUUCAGAACUUCAUCACACCAACCUUUCAGAGCCUUGGAGCUCCAGUACUCAGAAACACUGCAGGAUUGUUUUGUUCUGUUUUCCAUUCUUCAAAUGACAGAGACCAGGGAGGGGAUUCAUCAGCUUUUUCAUCAGCAGUUUGUAAUGUUUGUUUAAGAGUAUCUUUAAAAUGGGCAUUAGAUACUCCAACUUACUGGGUGUCCAUCGUUUUAUGGAAAACAAACACUGCAGCAUUGUCUCAUACAUGCUCAGAUCUUGUAAGGAUCACUGUGAUCAUAAUGAAGAAUUCACAUCACAUCAGAAUCGGUCAUUCUCAAAACAUGGCUCUUUUGACAACUGUGUAUAAAGGUUUUUACUUUAAAGUUAAACUCUUAACUCCGUCUCUCCAAUUACUUUACAGCAAAAACAUUUAUAUUUAAAGCAGAGUAACAUUUAUUCAUUUUAUAAACCCAAACCAAUACACAUGGACAGAUGAAGACAAGCCCUAAACUAGAAGCCAGAGAGAUUGAAUAUGUGAGCAUUUAGAUUUUUAAAAUGCCUCCACACAUGGUUUAGCAGCCUGGAAAACAAUAGAGCAAUAAAUGUUGAAGUCAAAUUCUGUUAAGGUUAACAAAGUAAUCACCGUUGCUCAAUUUCAGACUUAUUGUGUCAAAUAAACAAUACACUAAUUGAUGAAUGAUGCAGUAAUAUCUUAAAUUAAUGUGUAACACAGGAGUGACUUGUAACAGUGAAUCAAACAAACUGACAUUGACUUCAUUCUUAAGAAGUCACUGAGGAAGUUUCUUUUUUUUUUUGCGCUUAUUCAACUGUUGUUUUUUUUUUUUUUUUAAACAGUGCUUCGAAAUUGGACAAACAGUAGUUGGAAGUAAUAACUGAAGAGGAAGUGAUUGUGUUGGGUACAGCUCGCCAGAACAUUCCUUAAAGAUUGUGCUUGCAUAAGUGAAGUGUUGAAAUUCACAGAAAGUACUUCUGAAACGCUUUUCCACGUGACCGAUAUUCUACCCAGUUUGUCUGUCCGUGCGUUUCCCAAACAUCCCAGAAUGUCUGACCCAGUAUUUGUUAGGUGUGACGCUCAUGUCUGUUUGUAGAUUCUCAUAAAUCGGUCUUGUCUGUGUGCUCCCUUACGGCAUGAAGUGCACAGGGCUGACAAAUAAUGGUUGUGAGUCCUUUUGUAUCUUGAACCACGCCAAGAGAUGCUUCUCGGUUUAAUCUAAUAUAUGACAGCAGUGGAAAUUACUAGGUUUACAGAUGUUUUUUUUUUUUUUUGGUUAUUGGCACUUCAAGGGCUUCCUUAAUGUUUAGCCCAAUUAUCUUUUUUUAAACUGUCAUUGGUUGCUCAUACAGAUGAGAGUUCAGCUGUGGUUAAUUGGGCGUAAGCAACAUAGUUAAGCAUAUAUUUGUAAUUUACUUGAAUCGAUGACCUUAUUAUUAUUUUUUUUUACAUUCCAAAGUCUGUUUUGGUUUCAAUGUUACAGAGAGUGACAACAACUAGAUUUUGUAAAUACAAGGUCAAUCUAUUCAUGAAUUUCAAUGUUCUUGCACAUUCUUCCAUUUUCUAUACCACUAAUGCUGUGCAGUCACAGGGAAGCUGGGGCCUAUCUCAGCAGACCUGUGGUGAGGGGUGGAGUGCAGGCACUCUUAGAGAAUUAAAAAAAAGUGUCAAAUGCAGCAAUCCCAGUGAUACAAUGGAAAUAGAAAAGAUACGUCAUAUUUUAGAUAAUUUAAUUACAGUAUGGUUGCCCUGUUAAAUUGUGUACUCUGGCAUGCACAUAUUGCUCUGGAUUCUGCUUUUUAAUUUUGGUUCAUCCUUCUCAGUGUGAGUGGAGCUAACUAGAAAGGCUGUAAGUAGCAGCCAUACUAAUAACAUUACAGACCGGGCAUAUCUAUAACUAAAGCAGAGGUGUCUCACUGAAUUUUUCCAAAAACUAAAUUGUAGUUAUGGAUUCCCUCAGAGGGCUGUUAUGACUGUGAAACCAUAUAAAUGUAUAAUCCUCUCAUCCUAUUACUUAUACACAACAAGCUGGAUAAAAGUGAAAAGUGAAGACAAUUUGCCAUUUUGGUACAGAUUUUACCAAGUUACAUGAAGUAGAUGCACUUAAUUUUCUUAAGCGAGCCGCGUUAAAUGAUGUGGUGGGCCGGAUCAGGCCCCAAGGCCUAGAGUUUGACACCAGUGAACUAACGCAUGGUGGUAUUUGACCGUAGUCAUGGAGCCUGCACUUUAUUUCCCCCCUUUCCUCUUGUUGUGACAGUAUCUACAAACUCGUCGUCAUCUUGCAGGACAAUGUGAAAAUCGGAUGAACAGAGCAGUGUUUUGAUGGUGAUUGGUUUGUUGAUGGCUCUUGGCUUGAAUUCUGCCAUUUUAAUGUACUUUCAUAGCGAGAGAGACAGCAACAAUACACAAUUGUUUUAUGACUAAUUGAACCAUAAACUUUGCGACCUGGGAUUGACGAUUCUGUAAACGUGCUCGGCUUUGUUAUACUGUGAGAGAGCAGAUCUUGAUAGCAUUGGGUGUUUCCAACACAAUAAGAUUACUUGAGAGCAGUCAUUUGGAUUUUCAUAAACAUUGCAGUUAGGGGCUGGGUACCCUAUGUGCUUACCCAUUCCACGUAUAAAUGGGGAUUCGUGGUUGGGAAAUAACCUUUGAUGUGGUUUUAAGUUGGGUAUUUGUGAACCAGGGUUGGAGAGACUUGGUCUUUCUUUUAUUUAUUAACGUCUUUUCAGUUGCUGUGUCGUGCUUGCAGCUUUUUAGGUGAACUAAAUACACAGGCUAAAUUGUCAGUAUGCUUGCAUUAAAAGGAAGGGGGGGAACUAAAUUUACUCAACUGAUAAAGUCAAGUCAAAAUAAUGUACUGAAAAUUAACUUCUUAAAGUCUGGCAUUGUUUUUAAUCACCCAACAGAUUUGUUUCUAAGAACAUGAUUUAAAAAAAUACAUUAUGUAUUCUUUGUCAUUUUGAAUCAAAAAAUUUUCAUUUUUUUUAAACAUAUUGAUGGGAAAAAACUGUACUUUCAAUUAGUAUUAAAAAAAACAAAACACAACUGAACCACAAAAACAAUGCCUGGUUUUAAUUUAAUUUCAGUAACUAAGGUAUUUCAUUGACUAUUGUGGCUCUUUAAAGGAAGGGUACCAAUAAUUUAGCCUGUUUUAGCCUAUACAGAGGUGUGAAAAAGUGUUUGCCCCUUUCCUGAUUUUUUUUAUUUUUUUAUUUUUUAUUUUUUUGCAGGUCUGUCACACUUAAAUGUUUCCCAUGAUCAAACAAUUUUAAAUAUAAGUCAAAUACCACACAAGUAAACACAAUAUGCAGUUUUCUAAUUUUUGUUUUUUUCCCCCCCACUUUUCACUGCCAGCCUUCCCAGUUAACAUGGCUAUUUGACUUCUAAAGCCGUCAAUGGUAGUGAAUGUGUUAAGGGAGGAAAAAAAUAAAAACCUCCAUGACCCUUUCUGAAAAAGUGAUUGUCCCCUGUUAAAACAUAACUGAGGUUUACCAUACCAGAGUUAAAUUUCUCUAGCCACACGCAGGCCUAAUACUGCCACACCUUUUCUCAAUCAAUAAAUCACUCAAAUAGGACUGCCUGACAACAUGAAGUAGACAAAAAGAUCCUCAAAAGCUAGACAUCAUGCCGAGAUAUAAACAAAUUCAGGGACAAAUGAGAACGUAAUUGAGAUCUAUUAGUGUGGAAAAGGCUAUAAAGCCAUUUCUAAAGGUUUGACUCCAACAGACCACAGUGAGAGCCAUUAUCCACAAAUGGCAGAAAUACUAGAAGUGGCGAACCCUCCCGGGAGUAGCCGGCCGACUUAAAAUUACCCCAAGAGCGCAGCGACGACUCAUCCAAGAGGUCCACCAUGAAUUGAACCAUGAAUUCUGCUGUCUACCAAAAAAAUCCUGAAGUAGAAUGUCCAGCCCUCUGUUUGUGACCUCAAGAUGAAAACGAACUUGAAUUCUGCAGCAGGACAAUGAUUCAAAACACACCAGCAAGUCCACCUCUGAAUGGGUGGAAACAAAACAACAACUAGUCAAAGUCCUGACCUACCUAAAUCCUAUUGAGAUGCUGUGCCAUGACCUUUAAAAAGGUGGUUCAUGCUUGAAAAACCUUCAAUGUGGCUGGAUUACAACAAUACUGCAAAAAUGACUGGGUCAAAAUUGUUCCACAGCGCUGUAAGAGACUCAUUGCAAGUUAUCGCCAACGCUUGAUUGCCAUUGUUGCUGCUAAGGGUGGCCCAACCAGUUAUUAGGUUUAGGGGGCAAUCACUUUUUCACACAGGGCCAUGUAGGUUUGGAUUUUUUCCUCCCUCAAUAAUAAAAAAAAAAAAAAAAAAAAAAACUGCAUUUUGUGUUUACUUGUGUUGUCUGACUAAUUUAAAUGUGUUUGAUGGGAAACAUUUAAGUGUGACAAAUAUGCAAACAAAUAAAUCAGGACGGGGGCAAACACUUUUUCUCGCCACUGUAUGUGUACGUGUGAUGUUGAUCACUCUUUACAACCUAAACAAACGAAUGCUCUUGAACGCUAUUGGUACUGUCUGCUCGUACUCUUAAUUUGAAAUAUGUCUUUUGCCAGGGCAUUUGCUCUCAACAUCUUGAGCACUAAGUAAACCUGAAAUGUUUAUCUGUGACUUUACACUUGAUUUUGUAAAUGUCAUCACAUUAAAAUACUGUAAUAGUGUUUAGUUUGUCUUUCAGAAAUGGCAAGAAUACAAAUGGCUGCUUUUAAAAAUGUCCAUAAUCCAAGAUGAGCAAUACUUUACAAUAACAAUGUCAGUCCAGGUUUUCUAUGGAAUGUAACAGUUUUUUUAUUUGGCAGAGGACUAUUUUGUGUCUUAUGUUCAAAGAGGAAAAAACACAACAGUGGAGGAGAAAAGGAGGGUUGUAUCAAAAUAGGCUUUUUCAUAUCUGUAGGUGAAUUGCAAUACUUCAGUUUCUUGGGUGCCAGGGAUGUUCAGUUUGCAAUAAAUGGUAUAUUCUGCUGUGUACAGUUACAUUUUGUUUUCAUUGUUUUUUAAUUACAAAAAAAAAUUAUAUUUUUGUGUGAUGGUUUCAAGAAGAAAAAAAUUAUUUUAAAGUGUAUUGAAAAUUUUAGUUUUUUUUUUCAAGAUUUAUUCUUAAAAAUAAAUUCAUCUGUGUUACUUGAGCUUCUUUCAUUCUAUUUUGGUUAAUUUGAUUGCAUUUUUCAAUUUAUCCAGAAUUCAGGCCACGGCAACCCUUUUAACCUGCCAUGGACAAAACUGGGUGAGCAAAUGAUUGGUGUGGAUGUCCGUUAAAUUGUUUAAAUUGUCCCAGAAAAAUUGCCACGCCAGUCACCUGGCGGAUGAGAAACUUAAGUCGGCUGUAGUCAAACUGUGAACGCAGCACAACCUGACGGUACAUAACAGGGCAUAACACAAAUUGGAGACAGUCCGUGGUGGGACAGGAAGCGUAUUUAUUCCUCAGCAUUUCACACUCGCCACUUACAGCUCUUUGAAUACUAAGCCAUGAGUGUAAUUUACCUCCAAUGUGGCACGUUUGUAUUCGUCAACUGGAAUCCCAACCAUUUACUGCCACAGAUGUGUAUAUAUUCGUCAAGUAAAAUUUUCAAUGGGGAGAGGUGGAAGAGGGUCUUAGCCAGCUUUUCUGAAAUUCAGGUUUGGAAAUCACUGCGAUGACUGACAGAUCCCUGUACAUGGCAGCUUUGCAUCGCUUUUGGAUUUGAGAUCAGCACAGCUUUUGAGUUCAAGAUAAAGAUUAGGCGUUGAAUCGCAGUUUGUGACGUCGA